CCCGCCCAUUUGGCAAAGCCUGGCAGUCAGAUUCAGGAAUAUGAUGGGCACCUACAUAGAUGAAUUUGAAGUUUUGCUUUCUUGCAUUGAAUUUUAAUUACGGAAGAGAGAUGGUGGUGAAAGAUGUAGAGAAGAUGGUGGCAGUAGGCCUCGUUUGGGGGGCAACGAACGCCCUCAUGCGCAAAGGAGCAGUCAUAUGGGACCAAGCUCUCAAAUCUACACCUCGAACAAACACGCCCAUCAAGAAGUGGCUCAACCUUCUCUUGAUUUGGCAGUACACCGUGCCUUUCCUAAUUAAUCUCUCUGCCUCGGCUAUUUUCUUUGCCAUUUUGAGUGACACGCCCAUUUCUUUAGCUGUGCCCGUGACCAAUGCAACUACCUUCGCCGCCACUGCUGUGUUCGGGAUGAUUCUUGGAGAAGAAACCCGUGUUGGGCUUGCCUUGUUUGGUACCCUUCUUAUUAUUUUUGGUGUCUAUAUUUGUGUCAUGUGAUCAUGCUAUGAAUGUUAUACUAAUGAAGGUGUUGAUUCAUUUCUAUCAAAUGUGGGGUUUAUCUUGGUUUGUUGGAUGUAAGGUGCUUGCUGAAAUGACCCUCUGAAUAUUGAGAACUGAAAUAGAGUUUGAGUGCUGUCAUAUAAGUGAAAAGGUGAAGAGCAAGUUACUGUUUCUGAAGGUUUUUGUCUUUCGCACUGCUUGAACUUUCUGAUGUUCUUGCAAAAUGGGUAUUUAUGUAUUCAUAGUCUCUCAUCAUUGGUAAUUGAACACGAAGUGUCUGCUAGGUGAUGAUCGUGUCUCUCAAGAUUAUGUAUAGAGUAUGAAGGAGCUCAUGUAAUUAACUAAAGCAUAAUGAGCAGGAAAAGCAACAUUACAUUUUCGAAAUUCUGCUCCUGAUUUGUGUUUUUGGUUGGGAAAACGUAAGGGUUAUGAGAAAAAAACAGAA